CUUUUUUCCCCUCUACGUAGAUUUCCUGAAUUGAUUUGGACAGCAAGUAUUGAAUCUGAAAUGAAGCUAGCAGAACGCAAUGGAGCUGAUGUAUGGUGUAAAGCAGUCAGAAUUACACAAUCAAGAUGAACAGCAUGGCUUCCUUGACGAGGAAAACAAUACAUCCAGUUUAUAAGCCCAUGUCUACAAUAUGAAGCAUUUUAUAGUAGCUGUGUUUGAGAACAUAAGCUGCAAUGUCCUGAUCCUGGAAAAAAAUGAGAUUUCAUUAAUUAAAUCUAGAAUUUUUUUCAAUGUCAUUUUAAUCAUAUGUGUACAACAAGUAUAGAAUACGAAAACCAAGGAUUAUAAAUGAUACAUUUCUAUUUGUGCAUAAUACAGGAUAUAUCAUUUUAAAUCAAAUUUUAAUACUUUUUUAGUUUGUUUAUUAAUUCAUGAAGACUCAACAAAAAGAAGUUAACCAUGGAAAAUAAGGCAAAUUCCCCUAGAAUGGACAGUAAUUUUGUAUUGGAUAAAAUCAACAAUUUAAAGGUAGAGCAAGAAGAUGAUGUUAUUAAUUGUACUUUGGAAAGAUUUGAUAUAAAAACAGAACAGGAAGAUUUCAAACAUACUGACAGCAGUGAUGAGCAAGAAGACAAAGAAAAAAAUUUCAUUACCCACAACCCCAGCAAAUAUUUAUCUACAGAAAAUGAAGAUGAUUACGGAUCUCUCUUUUCUCAGUACAGUAACACUCUGUAUGAUGUAGCAAUGGAGGCUGUGACACAAAGCCUCCUUUCGGGCAGAAACAUAAGCUCCAGGAAAAAAUCCCCUGCAUGGAAUCAUUUUUUUAUAUCCCCUAGAGACAGCACUAAAGCAAUAUGUAUGUACUGUAUGAAAGAAUUUAGCAGGGGUAAAAAUGAAAAGGACCUUAGUACAAGUUGUCUUAUGAGGCAUGUUAGGAGAGCCCAUCCUACUGUACUUAUUCAAGAAAAUGGAAAUAUGCCAGGUAUAUCUUCCUUUUCUUCACCUACUUUGUUACUGCCACCUCAGUCUGCGGACAUUGGAGAAUUAAGUACUGUGUUAUCACCUUUAAAACUGGUCAAGAAAAUUGCUUCUAAGAUACCAUCUCCAGAUCGAAUAAUUGAGGAAUCUGUUUCUAUAGUUUCUGCUGAAGAAAUACCAGAUCUAGCAGUUUCUGAAAAAUGCAGCAAAGAAGCCACCAUGGUUGGGUCAUCUCCACAGCUACCCAAUAGCCAGUAUGAUGAAAUUGUGGAGAAUGUAGCAGAAAAAACUGUUAUGAUUCCAAAGAAUACAUCAGGUUCCAGGAGAAGGUCUGCCGUCUGGAAACAUUUUUACUUAUCACCUCUGGAUAAUUCUAAAGCAGUUUGUAUCCACUGCAUGAAUGAAUUCAGCAGAGGAAAGAAUGGAAAAGAUCUUGGAACCAGUUGCUUAAUAAGGCAUAUGUGGAGAGCCCACCGUUCAAUUGUUUUGCAAGAAAAUGGAGGUGGCACAAGUAUACCGCCUCUCUAUUCUGCUCCUCCAACUUUGUUGCCUUCUUUACUGCCCUCAGAUGGUGAUUUAAAUUCAAUGUCAUGCUCUCCUGGAAAACUGCUUAAAGAAUCAACUUCUGUUUCUUCCUCUCCAGACAGAAUGACUGAAGAGAUUCAUUCUAAUUUGCCUUCAGGAGAUAUUUUAAUGGAAGACUCAUCAGUUUUGUCAUCUUCUGAUGACAUAGGUGAAGCCUCCCUUGCAGCUUCUCUUGAGAAGCAUUGUGAGGGCUUAAGUCCAUUGAUAUUUGAACCUAGUGCUGUGUUUCAGCAGAAUAAAAGGAUGAUGAAAAAGCUUAAAUCAGAAGUUUGGCAUCAUUUUUCAGUGUCUCCUGCAGACAGUCUAAAAGCGGUGUGUAAACAUUGCAAUUGCAUGGUAAAUCGUGGGAAAAAAGGAGAUGUGGGCACAAGCUGCCUGAUGAGACAUCUAUGCAGACGCCACCCUGAGGUGGUUGGGAACCAAAAGAGUUUUCUAGAUUUUAGUUUGGCAAAUUCUCCUUAUGCUACUUUGGCUUCUGCAGAAUGUUCAUCCUCAAAGUUGACUGACUUACCCACCAUGGUUACAACAGAUAAUCAAGUUAUAUUUCCUGUUAAUAGCAAGAAGACCUCAAAACUGUGGAAUCACUUUUCAAUAUGCUCUGCAGAUUCAACUAAAGUAAUAUGUAUGCACUGUGGACGUACAAUUAGUCGGGGGAAAAAGCCAACAAAUUUAGGUACAAGUUGCCUUCUAAGACACUUGCAGCGGUUUCAUAACAAUGUGCUGAAAACUGAUGCCUCAGAGACAGUAUUGCCCUCUCCUGCAGAUAAUCACAUGCCAUUGAGUACAGAAUUAUUAGGACCUUCAACCUUUGAUGAAACCAAUGACAAGUUUUGUGACUCUCACCCAGUUGCCAAAAAAAUCACAAGUCUUGUAGCUGAAAUGAUUGCACUGGACCUUCAGCCAUAUUCCUUUGUAGACAACAUUGGCUUUAACAGGCUGCUUGAAUACUUGCAACCUCAGUAUUCCUUACCUUCACCAUCUUAUUUUUCUAGGACAGCGAUUCCAGACAUGUAUGAUAAUGUAAAACAAAUAAUUAUUUCGCAUCUUAAAGAAGCUGAAAGUGGAGUGAUCCAUUUUACAUCUGGAAUAUGGAUGAGCAACCAAACAAGAGAAUAUCUGACCCUUACAGCUCAUUGGGUAACGUUCGAGUCCUCGUUUCGACCACAGUGUGAAGAUUACCACUGUUCAGCACUUUUAAAUGUUGCACAGAUCGAUUGCGAUUACAAUGGCAUCAGUAUUCAAAAGCAACUAGAAUAUUGGUGGGAAACCUGGAUUACUUCCAUUGGCCUUCAGAUUGGGAUUACUGUUACUGAUAAUCAGAGUAUAGAAAAAACUUUAAAUGAAGGUGAUCAUUCGAGUGUACAAUGUUUUGGUCACACUAUUAAUCUCAUAGUGAAUGAAGCUAUUAAAAGUCAGAGAAUGGUUCAAAACUUGCUUAGUAUUGCAAGAAAGAUCUGUGAGCGUGUUCAUCGGUCAGCAAAAGCAAAAGAGAAAUUAGCAGAGUUACAAAAAGAAUACGAAUUGCCUCAGCACCAACUGAUUCAAGAUGUUCCAUCCAAGUGGAAUACAUCAUUCCAUAUGCUUGAACGCCUAAUUGAACAGAAAAGAGCAAUUGAUGAAAUGUCAAUUGAGUGCAGCUUUAGGGAACUAAUAAGUUGUGAUCAGUGGGAAGUUAUGCAGUCUGUGUGUCAUGCUCUGAAACCUUUUGAAGCUGCAAGUAGAGAGAUGAGCACACACAUGUCUACUUUAAGUCAAGUGAUUCCAAUGAUUCACAUACUUAACAGGAAAAUAGAAAUGUUGUUUGAGGAAACAAUGGGUAUAGAUACCAUGUUAAAAUCCUUGAAAGAAGCUAUGGUGAGUAGAUUGUCCUCCACGCUUCAUGAUCCAAGGUACAUUUUUGCUACACUUUUGGAUCCACGUUAUAAAGCAUCCUUAUUCACAGAAGAGGAGGCUGAACAAUAUAAACAGGACUUAAUCAGGGAGCUGGAAAUAAUGAGUUCUACCUCAGAAGAUGAGAAACCUGUUUCCAAUGGAUGUGAUAUAGGUUCACCAUCUGCAAAUUCCUAUGGGGAAGAUAGUCUUUGGUCACUAAUGGGUGACAUGAAAAAAGCAAAAGAUCUAAGAGAAAAAGUAAAGUUACCAGAGGAAAUGGUGCUUUCAUACUUGGAGGAAGAAGUGCUUGAGCAUAACUGUGAUCCACUAACUUACUGGAACUUUAAGAGGUCAUCUUGGCCAGUGCUGUCAAAAUUGGCUGUUAGAUUCUUGGGUUGUCCACCCAGCAUUGUUCCUUCAGAGAGAUUGUUCAAUACAUCCAAUGAAAACAACAGCUUUAGUCAGUCGAGGCUAAUGAUUGAACACUUUGAAAAACUUAUCUUCUUGAAAGUGAAUCUUCCCUUAAUAUACUUCCAGUAUUGAAACUAUUGAACAAACUGCCAGACUAAAACUAUUGUUGCUCACUGGAUAUUAAUUAUCUGUAAGUUGGAUUGUUGAACUGCUCCAGUAGGGGCCAUGUAUGACAUCUAAUCAAUGACUGUAAUUCCAAAUUUUAGUUUCUUUUUUCAGCUUUCAAUAUGUCUACAUGUGCCUUAUUCAUAGUUCUUCAGGCCAGAUAUUGUAUAUAUGUUUUUUUAAAAGUUCACACUAGAAAUAGUCUGUCUCGUCAAAUUAUACAAAAUUAUGUAGGUUUUAAUCCAUAAUUGUACAUGAACUUUAAAAAUGCUCAGUCCUGUUUUAAUAGAAUGGCAAAAAAAGAUGUAAACAGUUCUAUUCUGUAGUUUUUUAUUCAAUUAUUAUGUAAAAACCAUAAACCAGGUACUGUAUUUUAGUUAAACAUUGCUUUAAUUUCAACAAAACAGCUUUUGUAGAUGUCAAAAGAAAGCUGUAUAUAAAGGUGGAGUUCAAGCCAUCUUUUUACCUAGCAGUUUUUAAUUGCAAGCCCUAAAAUACAAAAAGAGUAAGAAGAAAUAUUAUGGAAGAUGUGUUUACUAUUACAGGAGACUGUUGACUUUGUAUCUGAAAAUAAAGCUAAAUUUAGAGGUAUUAUGGAAUGUCAGAUAGUAAUCUGUAAUAAAACUUCCCAUUUGCUAUUCUGUUCAGGUUUUACAUUGUAACUGAACUACAGAAAUAUUCUGGGUAUUUAUAUAAGCUCUUUUUGGAAGUUUUAUCAAAGUUUGUGUAAUAAUGGUUGUUAUUUAAUGAAAUGUAUUAAAAAGGCAAGAAACAGCAAAAAAAAUCUCAUGUCAAUCUAAAGCCUUUUUAAUCUUUAGUGCAUCAAAACUAUAAGGUUUGCUGGUGUAAAAAGUGAGCCUCAUUUUCCCAUGUGAUUACAGCUGUGUAGAACAACUCGUCUUAAAAUUCCUAGUACAAAAAUCAUGAAUUUUCUGAUUCGCAGGAAUAGCCUUAUGGAUGUGGUGCACUGCUUAGAAUUUUAUGUAGUAGGAAUGAUUCACAAUUGACAGUGUCCAUCAGGCAAAUGAGAUGUUUUAGAGCCCUCAAAACUACACAGUAAGGCAAAAAUAGCCAGCAUUUUAAAUUUUUAAGAAGGUUCUCCAUUUUUUUUAAUACUAAAAUUUCAUCUUCUUAUUUCAGUUUUAAUUAAAUACUUUUGGGAAACAAGUCAUUCAUUUGCCUAUGACCUUUUUAGAAAAAGUUGUAGCUUUGUUAAAAUACUGUACCUAUGCCUAAUCUAAUUUUGCAUUUACUAUGUUUUAGUGUAUUUAUAAAUGGUGAACUCCGUUUCUGAAAUUAAACAUUUUAUUUGCAGUUUU